AUGAACACGUCCGCGCAGGACAUGUCAACGUACAACGUUGGAAUGGUUCAAGCCAACAUGAGUCUAACGCCAGACCGACCCAUGGGACCAGGAGACUUUGCUGGACAUCAACCGAUGGACCCGGGGGUCGCAUGGGACGAAUUUACGACAAUCGCGGACCCGCAGCUGUUGAAUACAAUGGCAGCCGGAAAGGGUCAGAUGAUGAAUAUGUCACCCAACUUAUGGAAUCCCGGGAGCAUACACUCAGGCCUGCCGCCCCCUUCGCCGAUAUCCGCGGCAUCUUCAAUGGGAGGCCCAGCGCAGCCUAUGGGCCAGACAGCAUACGCUAUGCAGCCAGACGGAACAGUUUGGCAGGUCCCGCAGCCACCACCACGAACCAUGAGCUAUCCUGGGCAGGACAUGGGAUCAUCAUACCCUAAUCAAUUUCACCCACAAAUGCCCACGGAGCUCAAACGGAGAAUGACUACACCCGCACAAUCCCUGUCUGCCACGAGUGCCAUGGCCAUGGCCCCGCAAGGCUCGCCAGGCACGCCUGAGAUGCACACACCAGGGUCAGUCUCAUACCCACCAGGAAUGAGCUACCCGCAAUGGCAGGAUAUGAGUGCCAUGUCUGGAAUGGGCGUGGUGCCGUAUCCUAUGUACCCCGGCGACGCAGUUCCACACCAUGCAUACCCGCCUAAUCCUGCUUCGAUGGGACACCCCGGAGGCCCAUCACGGUCACCGAAUCCAUGA